UGUUGGAGGGAGGCAGCAAAAGGAGGAAUUUGUUAUAAUAGCAGGUUUGGGACGGUGGGUUUUGUGUGUGUGUGUGUAGUCCUUUUUUUCUUACAGGAUUGCGGAGCUGCAGCUUCUUUCUCAUACCAGGAGUGGCCAUUCAGCAGGAUUUAGCUUUGGGAUGAGGUGGUGAAACCUUGUGUCCAAAGAGCAGAGCAAAACAUGUGUCCAGAUGGGGAAUUUAGCAUUCAGACGACGGUGGACUGAUGCCUUUCAUACCAAGUUCUACUAGAGUUCUCUAUGACAUUUCUCCUUUGGCAUGAAGUGCAUAGUUACAGGGGGCAAUGUGAAAGCCCUGGGGAAAGCAGUACAUGCUCUCUCCCGGAUUGGAGAGGAAAUCUACAUUGAACCACUAGAAGAAGGGUUGUCUUUGCGUGCAAUAAACACAUCACGCUCUGCCUAUGCCUGCUUCCUCUUCACCUCACUCUUCUUCCAGCACUACCAGGCUGGAGAAUCUGGAUCAGACCCAGAUGACGGUGCUUUACGAUGCAAAGUGCUCAUGAAGUCUUUCCUAGCUGUAUUCCGCUCAAUCCCUGCUCUGGAGAAGACAGUGGAGAAAUGUCUCAUGUCACUGACUCCCAAGACGAACCGGUUCCAUGUUCAACUGCAUUGCAAAUAUGGGGUUGUCAAGACUCAUGAUUUGUCAUUCCAGGAAUGUGAAUUGUUACAGGCUGUUUUUGACAAAACACAAUAUGCCCAUUUGCUGCGUGCUUCUCCCAGGCUGUUAGCAGAUGCUGUGGUUCAUUUCCCACUCAACCUUGCUGAGGUGACUCUGGGUGCCAGCCCUAAAGGGAAGGUGACUCUCCGCAGUUACCUAGAAGAAGAGACAGAGCCAAGUCGGAUGAUGGUGACAGAAAUGUGCCUGAGUGAGGAUGAGUUCCAGACCUUCCACGUCAAGCAAGAAAUACAAGUCACUUUUUGCCUGAAGGAAUUCCGGGGUUUCCUGAGUUUUGCUGAGUCCUCAAAUCUUUCCCUCAAUAUCCAUUUUGACGUACCUGGCAGGCCAGCUAUUUUUACUGUGGAGGAUCCUGUGCUGGAACUACAACUGGUCCUGGCCACUCUUUCUGAGUCUGAAAGCCAUCCGCCAGCCAACACUCACAAGCCAGUUGCCCCAGCCAGUGACUUUGCCAAUGAUGACAUUGAUACCUACAUGAUAGCCAUGGAAACCACAUGCGAUGAAACGGAAACAUCUCCUAGCUCUGCCUUCGCCACAAGACAUCCCAGCUCUGAAACCAGGGAAUCAGAGAGUGAAAAUGAGGAUACCGUCCUUGGCACUCCACCACAAAAGAGGUUUCGUUCCUUAUUCUUCGGAUCGGUUUUAAGUGAGUCCCAGGUGAGGACCCGCUCCUUUUCCAGCCAGGACGUACUAGCAGAGGACAGUGAAGGAGAUGCAUGAGCUCAUCUGGAUUCCUGUGCGUGCAACACACCUCUAAAUCCCAAGGAGUCUUUGUCGGGUUAGGAUUCUAAUCCAACCUCCUCCAGCAAAAUACUUUCUGACUAGAUACAGCUCUUAGUUGCCAUUUUUUAAUUAAAUGAACAGUGUGUCAUGGAACUAGUAUUUCCAGUGGAGAAUUAUGAUUAUUAUUUUGAAAAGCAGAAAUGUAGGAGAUGUUUCUUUCUUCGGGUUUGCAACUAAUGUAAAGCUCUAAUACAUUCAUUUUAUAUAUAUAUAUAUAUUUCUCUGUGUUUUGAUGCCAAGGCAUAUUGCUGCUGUAAUAUAGACCAACCUUGUAAGUUUCCUUAUAAACCCUUCCACUAUUUGGA